AGCCCGCCCCUCUUUGCGCCCCUGCUGCUUCUGCUGAAGGCGGAGGCUCCAUGUUGUCCCCUCAGCGAGCGGUAGCGGCUGCCUCGGGAGGAGCAGGUGAUGCCAUGGAGAGUGGAAAGCCUGGCCCAGUGCAGGUUGUUUUGGUUCAGAAAGACCAGCAUUCCUAUGAGCUAGAAGAGAAAGCCUUGGCCAGCAUUCUCUUGCAGGACCACAUCCGAGACCUUGAUGUGGUGGUGGUGUCGGUGGCUGGUGCCUUCCGAAAGGGGAAGUCCUUCUUCCUGGACUUCAUGCUGCGAUAUUUGUAUUUCCAGAAGGAAGGUGGCCGUUCAAAUUGGUUGGGUGACUCAGAAGAACCAUUAACAGGGUUUUCAUGGAGAGGGGGCUCUGACCCAGAAACAACAGGGAUUCAGAUCUGGAGUGAAGUUUUUACUGUGGAGAAGCCUGGUGGGAAGAAGGUUGCAGUUGUUCUGAUGGAUACCCAGGGGGCGUUUGACAGCCAGUCUACUGUGAAGGACUGUGCCACCAUCUUCGCUCUAAGCACCAUGACUAGUUCUGUUCAGAUCUAUAAUUUGUCCCAGAACAUUCAGGAAGACGAUCUUCAGCAGCUACAGCUCUUCACAGAAUACGGUCGUCUGGCAAUGGAUGAAAUUUUCCAAAAACCCUUCCAGACGCUGAUGUUUUUGGUUCGAGAUUGGAGUUUCCCUUACGAAUACAGCUAUGGACUAGAGGGAGGGAUGUCCUUUUUGGAUAAACGUCUACAGGUAAAAGAGCAUCAACAUGAGGAAAUUCAGAAUGUCCGAAAUCACAUUCACUCGUGUUUCUCCAACGUCACCUGUUUUCUCCUACCACACCCUGGACUCCAGGUGGCCACAAGCCCUGACUUUGAUGGGAAAUUGAAAGAUAUUGCCAGUGAAUUCAAAGAGCAGUUACAGGUCCUGAUCCCAUUUGUGUUAAACCCAGCUAACUUAAUGGAAAAGGAGAUCAAUGGCUCAAAAGUCACCUGUCGGGGGCUCUUGGAGUAUUUUAAGGCAUAUAUUAAAAUUUACCAAGGAGAAGAUCUGCCUCACCCCAAAUCUAUGCUUCAGGCCACUGCUGAAGCCAACAAUUUAGCAGCUGCAGCGUCCGCCAAAGACAUUUAUUAUAACAACAUGGAGGAGGUUUGUGGGGGAGAGAAACCUUACUUGUCUCCAGACAUUCUAGAGGAGAAGCACUGUGAAUUCAAGCAGCUUGCUCUGGACCAUUUUAGGAAGACCAAGAAGAUGGGUGGGCAGGAUUUUAGCCUUCAUUACCAGCAGGAGCUGGAGGAGGAGAUCAAGGAGCUCUAUGAGAACUUCUGCAAACACAAUGCCAGCAAGAAUGUCUUCAGCACCUUCCGAACCCCCGCGGUGCUUUUCACGGGCAUCGUGAUUUUGUACAUAGCCUCGGGCCUCACUGGCUUUGUUGGUCUUGAGAUUGUGGCCCAGCUGUUCAACUGUGUGGUUGGGCUGCUGUUAAUAGCACUUCUUACUUGGGGCUAUAUCAGGUACUCUGGUCAGUAUCGCGAGCUGGGAGGAGCAAUUGAUUCUGGCGCAGCGUACGUACUAGAGCAGGCUACUUCUCAUAUGGGGAAUUCCACUCAGGCUGCGAUGAGGGAUGCUGUUGUUGGGAGGCCCCCUGUGGAUAAAAAAGCUCAAUAGCAUCUUGACGAGGGGAUCCAACGAGAACGCCGCCAGCCCUUCCUGAUGUCUGGGUUUCUGCCACGCCAGGUCCAAGUGCAGAGGAACGCAGAUCUGGGAUCACCUGGGAAGAGCUGAAACUCAGCAGUAAUAAAUUAAUAGACAGACCUUUCCCGUGGCUUCAUAUUCUUAAACCUACUUCCAUUGCUAUUGGAAGCAUUUCUUUUCCUUGCUGAUAUAGAUCCACGCCUGUGUCUGUUUUCUUAUUACUCUCUGCUUUGUGCACUUUAUGGGGGAGAAAGCUAAAGGAAAAACUGCAAAUGUGGUUUUAAAUCCUGUAUGUACCACUCAGUGCCUUUUAAGAUUGUAUCCAGGCUUUUGAGGACACAAUAGGGAGGGAAUCAAGAAUAACCUCAUGAAAGAUGCUGUUUUGGGGUGAAACCGGUCUGUUCUUUUAUACCUUACUAUUUAAAAAUGUUUACAAAACUUGCAAAAGCUUCAGAACAAAAGACUGAAAGUGACGUCAUUACACUUUUAAAAUCUUAUAAUGUUAAAAAAUCCUGCUUACCAGAGAGUGUGGAAAAACCACAACCUAUUUAAAUCCACCAUACACUGAAAUUUAUGGUCUUUUACUGACAGGCUGACAGUUUUGUUGGAACAUACUCUGAUUUUAUUUUUGCCUUCGUUCCUCUAGCUUCUUUUUAGAAAAGAGGCAAACAUGCCUUGAAGAGCCAGAAUGGCUCAUAAUGAAAAGAGUAAGCGCGAUACUUUAACCAAAAAAGCUUGAGUUUAAAUGAACUGUGUGACCUCUGAUAAGUCACUUGAACUUGUGCCUUGGUCAGAUUCACUGUUUGCAGGUUUAUAUACACACAUGUAUUCUAUAUAUAUCUCACGGUUGUCAUUUAAGAGGUCUUGUUUCAAGAGUUCUCCAUAAGAACAGAACUUGAUUGAGGACUAAAGGAAAGACAUCACCAGACAUCACUGCCUUCAGUUGUCCUGUUUCUUGUGGCCUAGGAGUAAAUCAGGUCUUUAUCCAAAACAUUUACUUAUGUUCUCCUGGCCACUAAUCUCUUUAAUAAUAAAGCUAAAAUUGUCAGUUUUGUUCAGUGAAUCUUCUUUUCUUUAACCUCACUUGACUGGUAGCUUUAAAAUAGCUUUGGCUUAGUGAGGACUGAAGUCACACCCAAAUGUGGACAUGGUCUAGAAGUGUCUAAGAAAUCUUUUUAUUUACCUUGACUGGGUGAUAACAUUUUAUCUAUGAAUUGCCUUUUCCUUGGAUUAUAAUGGUGAAUUGUGGAUUUUUAAACUCCAUAAAACUUGCCUGUAAGUAUUUACAUAAACUUCCAGGUAGGAGAGCCUUAAUUCUUAAGAUAAUUUUUAUUGUGGGAGGGAGGUAGAAAGGCUCAGGUGAAACCCAAGUGUAGAUUCUACACCCAUGAAGACGUCUGAAUGGAAGGCAGAAGAAAGAAGCGUGUAAUCUCUUUAUCAAAGAAUUUUCUUCUUACUACUUUAAACACUUCACCACUGAAGUAUUUUUAUGGGUCUGAAUUAAUUCCAAGCAUUUUAUAUUUUUUUUCAUGUCUACAUACCAUCUUGCCCUGAUAUUCAGUUGCCAUUAAAUUUUAGGAAAGUUCCAGCUUGUUCUAAAAACUGUUUACUUGCAUAUCAGUGAUGCUUAGUGUUGACUGUUAAAUUGGAAACUUCUCUUUGAAAUUGUGGUGCAUUUUCAGGUGGCCUCACAUCUUCCUGGAGGUUCAUAAUAUUUGCUAAACGCCUUGCAGAUGUUGAGGUACUUGACUUUUAAUGCAUUGUAGAGGCACAUUUAUAGAUUUCAAAUGUUGUCUAGAGUGAUGCUUUUAAUGGUGAGAAAAUGAUGAUGUGUCUAAAACGUAUUUUAAUACUAAAGUAUUAGAAUUUUUAAAGUGAACCAGUAUGUGGUAAUGUAGGACUUUCUUAGGAUUUAGUUACUGUUCAAAUUCACCAUUUCUGUUUUGAUCUUAAAUAAUUUGGUUAAUUCCCUGGGGAAGCCUUAUUAUUUUUGUCUUUAUAGGUUAACUUAUUCUGGCUCUGGAAAGCAUUGGAUCAAGUUUUCUCAAUGAUGAUCCUUAAUGAGUUUUCUUUGGCUUUCAUUUCUCUAUUUUUCCAGUAAAUUGGUAGCUUUAUGUCAACUUUUUCAAUAAAAGAUGCAUUCUCA